CUAUGAAUAAUAUUUUGGAUAUUGGAAAAGGUUAACUCCUUAGUUAUUCAUCUAAAAAACCUCCCAGAACCUAAGAAUAAGCCUGUGUCUCAACUGAAAGAUAAUGGAAGCUUGAUGUUUCCGAUAUACCUGAAUGUGCAAUUUGUUGUGAAUACAUGACGAAGAAUUUGGCCACCUUAGUUCCUUGUGGGCAUAUUUUUCACCAAAAAUGUUUAUAAAAAUAUAAAAAACUGGAAUGCCCUGUAUGUAGAAAACAUAAUAUAUAAUCAAUCCCUCUACAUUUUUAAAUAGAAUUAAAUCUUAGCUAAAGCAAUGAAACUAAAUAGAAUAAAUUAAUUUAAAGUACAACACCUAAUUAAAAUAAUAAACAAAAUUAAGAGAUUAAUAAGCUUAAAGAUUUAAUUAAUAAAGGAAAACAAUCAAUUGAUCUCUGUAUUUCUUAAAGCACCCGUACCUAAUAAAAUGAUGCAAUUUAAGAUUAACGACUUAAAUCUUGUGAGCUUCAACUCAAAGAAAUCAGCAAAACUCUAAUGGAUAUUAAAAGCCUAAUGGAUAAUGGUGAGAAUUCAGCGAGAAAAAUGAGUAAAGAUUAAACUCUACCCUAAGUUCCAUAGAAAUACACCAAAACUGAUCAAUAAGGAUUCUAUCCUAAUAAUAAUGAUCGUUAUUCUAAAAACCACCCCUUCAAUAAGUUGCAUAAUAUAGGCUAAUCAACAAGGAGCUUGUAGUUUCAAAAUUCAUAUAGAAAUAAUAGCCAUUUUUAAAGUGAACAAAAUUAAUACAAAUGA